CUAUCCACAGCCCGAGUGUCGUAUUGCCCUUCCCGAUUUGCCCCCGAUCCCGGCCAGCCGCCGGCAGCCGUUCCGCCAUGGCGAUGGUCACAACGGCUAGGACGAGGAGUAGCAGGAGGAGAAUGCUGGAAGGGGGAGGAAGAGGAGGAGCGCCUCGACCGCAUCAGCGGCCUCCCCGACGCCGUCCUCGGCGAAAUCAUCUCCCUUCUACCCACCAAGGAUGGCGCCCGCACGCAGGUCCUCUCCUCCCGGUGGCGCCCCCUAUGGCGUUCCGCUCCCCUCAACCUCGAUCCCUGCGGCCGCUUGGUCGGCCGAGCGAUCUCCGGCAUCCUCUCGGCGCACCUGGGCCCCGGACGCCGCUUCUCCAUCCCCAGGUACAUCUUGGGGCAGGACGUGGACCGCCCAGCCGCGACCCUGGACGACUGGCUCCGGUCUCCUGCCCUCGACAACCUCCAGGAGCUCGAUUUCCACUACGGAGAUAGGUUUCCAUGUGGAGGGAGUCCACUGCCACCGCCGCCGCUGCUACCGGCAUCAGUGUACCGCUUCUCGUCGACUCUUCGCGUCGCCAGCUUCGGCGGCUGCGGCUUCCCGGACGGAAACGCUACCGCCCUCCACUUUCCAGUUCUCAAGCAGCUGAGCCUUUUACAUGUUACAAUCUCGGAGAGCUCUCUGCAUGCCUUGCUCGCCGGCUGCCCUGUCUUGCAGAGCUUGCUGCUAUCUUUCAACAGCGGCUGCCGUCGACUCCGAAUUGUGUCUCGUAGCCUUAGAAGCAUUGGUGUGCACCCGGCUUGGGGAGACUGCAGGUUGCAGCAGCUCAUCCUCGAGGACGCUCCCUCUCUAGAAAGAUUGCUUUAUUUUUCAUCUGGGGUUAGCAGAGCAAUGGACAUCUCAGUAAUUUCGGCUCCAAAAUUGGAUACUUUGGGGCCACUCAGUGAUAAAUUCCCCAGACUCGACUUUGGUGCCACAGUUUUUCAGGGAUCACGCUCUAUUAGCUUGAUAACGGUGGUGCCCAGUGUGAAGAUUUUAGCUUUACUGAAUGGGCAUCUUAGUUUGGAUGUGGUUAUUAACUUUAUGAAAUGCUUCCCCUGCUUGGAGAAGUUGUACAUCAAGACAGUAUUUCCGGGGGAGAAGAAUGUGUGGUGUCGUAAAUACCAGAAUCUCAUCGGCACCCUUGAUAUUCGGCUGAAGAAGAUUGUGUUGUUAGGGUAUCGAGGCAACAAAUCGCAUGUUAACUUUGCCAAAUUCUUUGUACUGAAUGCAAGAGUGCUAGAGUCAAUGGUUUUUGAGAAAGAAGGAAUGAUUAGUAAUGAGUGGACUGAAAAACAGCACAGCCUGCUCCAAACCAAAAAUAGGGCUUCUAGGGGUGCACAAUUUGAUUUUGUGUAUCAUCACUGUCGGCCUGGCUGGGCGGGCAUUGAGCUAGCGCAUGAUUUGUCAACAGACAACCCCUUUGUAAGGUUCCACGACUAGGCCUCAUUAGGCUAUACUGUUUUACCCAAGCUUGAUUAGUCUCUGGUUUGCAGUGUUUUGACAUUUGAUAUCUCUGUUCCUAGAAUAUUGUAAUCUGUCAGCAGACUAAAUGCUAUUUUUUUUAACUGAAGAAGAGCUAGUUGAGAGAUUGGGAUA